AUGUCGAGUAAGUGUGUUUUCCCAGAAGGUCACAUCUUGUUCACCAGUACCAUGUGGUCCUUGGUCCAACGUCGGCAAAUAUCUAAUCAGAUAAGAUCAGAACACCGACUUGAUCUAAGCUCCGUUGAGAGACGGAAGACCUCCCAAUCUCGUAACAGCUUGCCGCUCAGCAGCGAUGAGCAAGCCAGUCGACAGGUUUCACCUAACGACGAUGACUUUCAAGUUCAGAGCAUAGGCAACGAUGAUCCACUCGACCCCAAGAACUGGCCCGUUGAAACAAGGGCGCGAUGCAUCUUCAUCAUAUGUCUCUUGGUCUUCACGCAAUGUUGGUCCGGGGCCGCUGACUCCAUCGGAAAUGCCAUGGCAAGCGAAGAGUUACAUGUCAGCCAAAUCGCUGAGAACGUUUCCACAGCCGUCUUUCUCUUCGGUGUCGGAACUGGUGCUCUCUUUGCAGGUCCGCUAUCACAAGCUGUUGGAAGAAACCCCACCUACCUCGUCUCUACAGCGACCUACCUUUUCUUUGUACUUGGAUCGGCUAUGACGCCCACGUUUGGGGGACAAGUGGUGUGUCGAUACUUUGUCGGUUUGUCAGCCAGCGCUACCCUUACGAUCAAUGGUGCAAGCGUGAAUGACCAAUUUCGACCUGUCAAGAAAGCUCUCGUAUUUCCAAUAGUCGCCUGGGCCAACAUUGCAGCCCCUGUUAUUGCCCCUACUGCAAGCGGUUGGAUAGUUCAAAACGAACAUCUAGGAUGGCGAUGGACCAAUUGGGUCACCCUGAUCAUGUCUGGGGCUUCUUUUCUUAUUGCCUUGCUCUUUCUUCCAGAAACAUACUUUCCUCUGCUACUAGCAUGGAAAGCGAAAGAGCUACGUCGUGUGACCGGGGAUCAGCGAUACAUCUCCGAUCAUGAGAAAAAGCCAUCGUUCUGGAAACAACUUAGAAAAACUCUCCCACUUCCAGCAACAUUUUUCCGUAACGAACCAGUUAUCAUUGUCCUUGGCCUCUAUCUUGUCUUUCUUUACAUCCUACUCUUCAGCUUCCUGUCCGGUUUCGACUACAUCUUCAAGCGCACAUACUCUCUCACACCAGGUUACCAAGGCUCCUGCUUUGCCGCCAUUGCUGCCGGAGCAACCAUCUUCAUAUUUUUCACUCCCUUAUUAUACAAGUGUUCACGAAAGCACACUGAACACGUCCGAGGGGCCUUUGUGAAACCCGAGUUUAGACUAUGGCCUGCGAUCGUUACAGCACCGUUUCUUCCCGUCUCCCUUUUCUGGUUGGGCUGGACAAACAACAGCAGUAUUUCCAUAUGGAGUGGUCUCUGUGCCUGCUUUGUAUUUGGCAUUGUGCUUAUGGCUAUAUACAUCAGCAUCUAUGAGUACAUCACCGAUAGCUAUGGGGAGCAUUCCGCCAUUGCACUUGCAAGCAUCACCAUGUCAAGAUAUAUCAUCGCUGGUGGCAUGGUCAUGGCUGCUAGACCCAUGUACGAGAAUAUCGGAGUCCACUGGACAAUGACGCUCCUGGGUUGCGUUGCGUUAUUGUUGACGCCGGCACCACUUCUGUUUUGGAAAUAUGGAGCGAAGUUGAGGGAAAGGAGUCCAUAUGUAACUUCCGAUAUCUGA